GAAGCGUGAACGAAAUGGCACGAAUCUCCACCGCACCGCAAACAACCUCAUCUGUUCGAGUUGGUGGCAAGCAAGCAACCAAGCGCGGACGGAGAUCAUCAGCAGUUCGGAUAUCUGGUUGAUCCAUCCGGAUGGAUGGCUGUAUUGUGUCUACUGAGAGCGUUCUCUGAUACGCUGCCGCCGCCGCCCGUCUUUGCCGUCUGUGGGACCGGUUUUUGUCUGUGAAGUUUAUUUUUUGUGCGCUUAUUGCUGGUCACCACGGCAAAGCACAUACCUACUGUCGACUGUUGCGCGCGUUGUGGCUGGAUGCUGCCAGAUCAGUUCUGCAGCGAAUCCCGUCCGGAGUGCGUUAUAUUUCUCUUCCUGGGUGAAGUGUGCGCUAGUUUCGCGCGGGUGGAGUAGUGUUUCUAUAUUUGAACAAACAUCCCAACGGAGAAAGGAGAACCCUCGGCCGUUGUUGCUAGCAGUCGGAUUCACUUCCGGGGUUUCACCACCCCGCUUCACGCCCGUUCCCUCGUCGAGGGUUGGUAUGGGACAAUCUCAGACACCGAGAAACUCCAAAUCCCAUCAGACCAGCCACGAGAGGUAACACUCCGGAGCCCAUCAUUGCCUGCUGGAUCGCUCAAGCCGUCGGUCGGGCGGUCGUUCGUGCCACCUGCCGGAGUUUUGAUAGAUAAUUUCCCCGUUUGACUUCGGUACAGCGCACGCCGCUCCGUAAUGAAUUAAAUUUGUUUGUUACUCAUUCAAUUAAUAAAAGGCUAAUUAAUAAGCGUGAGAAGUGUGCUUCCUGCACAGCUUUUUUCAUUCAUCGUUCCAACGGAGAAGGUGAACGUGAGCUCAACGCAACGUAAACAGGUUGAAACACCAACACAUUACGUCUGCUGGAAGAAAACUUAAGGGAAGACACGUGAGCUCGUAGAAAGUGAAGUCCGUCGCGUCCGUUGCUCGUGGGGAGUGUGUAGAUGUGGAUGUGGUCCUAAUUGGGCUAAAUAGUGCAGGUCAACGACGCUGAUGUCGUCGUCUGCGAUCUUAACAAGAUCGUUACUCAAGUGAUGCAUAAUUAAACAGUGAGUGGAGGUUAUAGCGAAAAUGGAUAUGCGUGAUUCAUAGUGAUGUACGACUCUUACUGGCUACAGGUGAUUGAUGGAAUCGAUUUGAGAAGCUACAAAUAAAACGAAACAGUCAAACGCAAUGUUGAGGUGAAUUUUUAUUUGGUUUUGUGUGAAAAUUCAAACUGACAGAACAUGAAGUUCACAAAGUUGUUCAAGUUAAAAUAGUUUUAGUUGCCAAACAAGAGAAGUGUAGGAAAAUCCGAAUUGAUAUUUCGGAAGAAUUAGCUGUGCCAAACGUAAGGAGAGCUUCAAACUGUCGGCUCUGUCCAUAAGGAACUUCUCAGCAAACAUGCUGAACAAUUUGAGUGCUGCUGGACUGGGAGGGCCAAAAGAGUGUGACCUGCCAAAGGCAGGCAUUACGUCGCUACACGGUGGCAACGGUUUUGGCCCGGUUCCUAACUCGGCCAGUUCGGACAGCAAUGGCAAUCGGUUGCACGUCAACAGUGGCGGUGGAUCGGCCGGCGGCGGGGGAAGUGGGGGUGGCCUCUGUGAGCCGCACAACAUACUCCAGGAUCAGAAUACCGACAAAAAUGGCAAACAGAAGAGGCAUCGAACUCGCUUUACCCCUGCGCAGCUGAACGAACUGGAACGGUGCUUCUCGAAGACGCACUAUCCGGACAUCUUUAUGCGGGAGGAGAUCGCCAUGCGGAUCGGGCUGACCGAGUCGCGUGUUCAGGUUUGGUUCCAGAACCGUCGGGCCAAGUGGAAGAAACGAAAGAAGACCACCAAUGUGUUUCGAACGCCCGGAGGCCUUCUACCGUCGCAUGGUUUGCCGCCAUUCGGAGCCAACAUUACCAAUAUUGCGAUGAGCGAGAGCUUAUGCGGGACAUCGAUGUUCGGUGGCGACCGGUGGGGAGUGGGCGUCAACCCAAUGACUGCCGGAUUCGGUCAAUUGAAUCAAACCUCGUCCCUCUCGGGCACCCUCAAUGGCGGACUAAACUCGGGGAUCAAUAUCUCCUCCGCCAUGGGAGCCGGCGGCUACCACAACUACGGACUGAACGCUUUGGAUAUUGCCUUUCCAGGUGAUUCCAUGAUGUACCAACACUCGGUAGGUGGCGUUGGCUGCACGGGCGGAUCGCCUACAUCAACCCCGCCCAACAUCAACGCAUGCUCGUCAUCGACACCCCCGCUGUCCAGUGGGCAACAGCAACAACAGCAACAGCAGCAGCAGCAGCAACAACAGCAACAACAACAACAGCAGCAGCAACAGCAAGGUGGUGCUAGUCAGAACGAACCCAACGCCAACGGGGAUAUGUCCAAUCCCGGCGCCAAUCCGCAUAACAUCUCCAACUGUCAAGGCCUAAGCUCGGGCGGUCCCGAUGGCGAGGAGGACCUCUGGCGGGGUCACAGUAUAGCCGCCCUGCGGAGACGAGCCUCGGAGCUCAACCAGACGAUGCCAUCGUACUUGCACGCGCAUAACUACGACCACCACAAUUCGGUGUAUUGACUGCAGUUAUUCAAGUGAACCGUAGAAAAUGAGAACGUGUUUGUAUAAACUAGAAACAUAAUGAUAAGUGUAAAGUUGGACUACGGUCCGAAACGUUCCACACGAAACGAUACGUACAGCAAAUGCGACAAAGCCGAACUUUGCCAUACCAGUAUUACACAAAUGGAUCGUCAAAUUUUUAGUUGAAUUUUAUAACUAUCGUUUAGUUCCUUUAUUAUUCGAUGUAAAGAAAAAUGAUACAAGUAACUAUGUAUACGAUACAACAAAACGGCCCAGUGAAACGGAAAGAAGUAUACGAUUUGUCAAUACCAUGUAAGACUAUAUACAUAGUUUAUUUUCUAUUUUUAAAAUGUAAUUGUGUUCAGUUUUAAAACACAAGUUCUUUAUAAAUUCAAACUACUAAAACUAUUCAUAAACGAUACGAAAAGCUAGGCAAAAGAAUUCAUGUAUACGAUUGCAGUUUCUUGCAAGCAAAACAAAAAGUCUCAAGCAACAAGAAAUAAAAACAAAAUGAUAAUAAGCGAAGUAAGCAGUAAACCCAUACUAUUUGUCAGUAAAAAACUAUUUAAGUAAACAGAAAGUGUAAUGCUACAGCGAUCAUAUUCGACAGAUUUCCGUUAAGCAAAAAAAUCUGUAAGUGGAGGGUAAACACAAACACGAAACGGAAGUUCCGUGCGCUUGUACAUAAGGAUAAAAAACCGCUGCUUGAAAUAACGGUCUAGAAAACAGUUACUUUUAGGAAGGGACAACAGUGUAAUGUCGUUUUUAUUUCUAAAUUGUUUUAG